UUUUAUUGACAACACACAAAAAGAUCCAGUGACUUAUGGACUCUUGCCGUUAAUGGUCUCUAAAUAACUGAAAACAUUAUGUAUUGUUUUUACGAGCUGUUAAACUCAAGUGGUAAUUGAGGCUGUUGAUAUAGUAAUUAUCAACAUAUCUUAACAAAAAUCUCGAAAAGUUCUCCUGAUAAGGAAAAGGGAGGAGUUUUGUGUUGUUUAGUACAUGAGGAAUGAUAAUAAAAGAAGAGUUCACAUUGAAGAAGGACCAAUGCAUGAAUUACAAACGUGUUAUUUUUGGUGGUGAUUUGGUGUAAUAAUACAUGACUUUCAAAGAAGGAGUUUUUCUGCAUGUGGAGAGAGUUGUCUUCAUCCAGAGUCUAGUUUUGAUUAUUUGUUUAUCGAUAGUGAAGUCGUCUGUAUUUUUAGAUUGUCCACAUCUGUUUACUAGUGGACUUGAGUGUAUUGGUUUAUCUUGUCAAUGUUUGUUAUAGGCUGGUCAAAGUGUGGAUAGCAAAAGACGUACCAAAUAAUUAAGAGUUAUGAAUAGCUCUGGUAACCACACGAAAAAUGAUUUUCCAAACAACAAUUCAAGAGAAGCUGCCAGACUUCUUAGUAAUACAUCAGAUGAUGCCAAGUAUCCUGAUAAGAAAGUAGAAUAUAUAGAUGAGGAAGUACCAGGUUUGGAUGGUGAAGAUGUGAACUUAUUACAUUGUGAAUCAGUGAUUGUGCCAGUGAAAGAUUUUUACACUGAAGUGAGAGCAUUAAGAGAUGUUCAGUCAUAUAUGGAGAAUGCUGUUCUCUUGUUAAAUGUUCACGCAGCAAGCCUACAAGAUAUUAUUGAACAGAUGUUAGAUAAAGUAUUAGGUUCCGUUAAAAGGCCAAAAUUUACCAUAGAAACUGCCAAAGAUGCCAUAUUUACCAGUAAUUCAGGAGCUAUACUGUCACAGACUAUACAAGGUACACAAGUUGAUGAUAAUUCUGGUGAUUCACAGUUUGAUCAAUCAUGGAUCUGUAUAUUAUGCGAUCUACCAAGUAUUACAGAACGCUAUGUAGCCAUAGCUAAACUAUACGAACCAACUAAUUUAAGCGCUAAUUGUCAAGAAGGCAGAUUUGUUGUUUUAAUUUUAACACCAACCAUAGAAAAAAUGACCAAAGGACCCAUGGAAACCGGUCGAACAUUUGCUACAUUGUUCAUGGACCUCGAUUUUAGACAAGAAAUGUUAGAUGUGCGAACAGAAAGAGAUAUGAAAUAUUUAUUAGAAGAUCGCAUGAAAUACUUAAUCACACACCAUGGUUUACCGGAAAAUCGCAAAUCAACUCAUAAUUUUGUAUCAGUUUUUGAUGAUCCAGCAGAAUCAGGAAGUAAAGUGCCAAUAUUUCAAGGGUUAUUGGGUGAUUUGAAAAGACGUCUGCCUCACUAUUUAUCAGAUUAUAAAGAUGGUAUAUUUGGUAAGAAAACGCCCCAUAAAGUAGUAGCUACCACACUCUUUCUAUAUUUUGCCUGUGUUUUACCUAAUGUGGCUUUUGGUAUGCUCAAUAGUAAUAAUACAAAUGGUGUCAUAGGUGUAAAGAAAGUUUUAUUUUCUCAAAGUGUUGGAGGAAUAAUAUUUGCUGUAUUUGGUGGACAGCCAUUGAUAGUUUUAUUAACAACGGCACCUUUAGCUCUUUAUACCAAAAUUAUCUAUACAAUAUGUCUGGAUUUUGAUCUUCAUUUUGAAGCAAUGUUUGCCUGUGUAGGAAUAUGGAACACAUUUUUUCUAUUGGUGUACGCUAUUUUUGAUGUUAGUAAAUUGAUGAAGUUUUCUUCAAGAUCAACAGAAGAAAUAUUUUCAAUUUUUAUUACAUUUGCUUUUUCUGCCGAUGCAAUUGUAGACGCCAUGCAUGAUUUUAACAAAAAUUACCACACUGGACCUUGUAAUUCAUCACUUGAGGUCAAUAGUACACUAUCUAAUAUGCCUGUAGAUGUAACUAAUCACACCUUAAUUACAACUUGUCAACCAGAAAACAGUAUUCUCUUUCUCUUUUUAAUGCUGGGAACGGUCUGGGUUGGAUUAACAUUAUUUCAUUUCACUAAAACACCAUAUCUGAAUACUGGAAAGAGAGAAAUUUUAGCUGAUUAUGCCUUACCUAUAGCCGUCUUGUUUAUGUCUUUCAUCGGUUCCUAUGUGUUUAGUGAUAUCAAAUUGGAACCAUUUAAAUACAAUCCUAAUGAAGCUAUGUUUGAGCUAGCGCCAAUACAUACAUUACCAAUUGGAGCUGUAUUAGCCAGUGCCGGUCUAGGUUUUAGUCUUUCACUACUCUUCUUCAUGGAUCAGAAUAUCUCUAGUGCUUUAGUCAACACCCCUAAUCACAGGUUAAAGAAAGGAGCCGCAUAUCACUGGGAUUUAUUUGUUGUCGGGUUGAUUAAUGUAUUUCUGUCAAUAUUUACCUUUCCCUGGGUUCAUGCUGCUUUACCCCAUUCACCUCUACAUGUUAGAGCUCUAGCCGAUAUAGAAGAACGAGUUGAACAAGGACAUGUUCAUCAAAUAGUUGCUAAUGUUCGUGAAACAAGGUUAACAGGAAUAAUAUCUCACAUAAUGAUAGGGUUAUCAGUGUUAUUAUUACCUGAACCUUUAUCAUAUAUACCUAGAGCUGUAUUAGAUGGUUUAUUUCUAUAUGUAGCUAUAUCAGCUUUAUAUGGUAAUCAAUUCUUUGAUAGAAUUAUGCUGUUAUUUACUGAACAGGUUGCAUACCCACCAAAUCAUUACAUAAGAAGAGUACCACAGAGAAAAAUACAUAUGUUUACUGGAAUCCAAUUAUUACAAUUAUUGGUUCUGUGUAUUUUUGGUUUUUCUCCAAUAGCCUACAUGAAAAUGAUCUUUCCUAUUCUCUUGAUGUUCUUGAUGCCAAUAAGACACAAGCUAGUACCAAAGGUAAUUGAGCAGAAAUAUUUGAAAGCUUUGGAUGGAAAUUAAAUAUUUCACCAUAUCAGCAUAUAAAUAGAAUUAUAUUAAUGUAUAUCCAUCAGAAAUAUUUGUGUACAUCUCAAUUUAUUUUGUGAUAAAUAGGGGGCUUGUUACUGUAAUAUCGUUAUAUUUUUUAGUGAGUCACUCCACUCUGAGGGUAUAAAGAAAAUGAAAGGAGGGAGGAAAAGGGGAGAUAUUGGACAUACAAACUAUUUACUGGUGUGUCCGAAAAUUUGUUCAGACAUACUCUUAUCACAUGUCUAGAUUUUAAGAUUAUAAAUUUUGAGUGUUAUUUAUUGUGGUUAUCUUUAUGAUCACAGGGGGUUUGGAUGGCCGAAUGGUUAGCGGGUGUGCGCUGUAUCAUAAGGUCUGUCAUUGAGUCAACUGGUGUGGUUUCAAUUCCCCGGUUGUACGUGACAAGGAGUAGGGGCGCCUGUCCAACCUCGUGGGUUUUCUCCAGGGUCCUCCCACUGCUAAAGAACCAUACGCGCAAGAGAAUUAUUGAAAUAAAAUUGUACCAUGUUAGUCCCAAAAUGACCUAGUUUAUGUCGAGUGGACUUAAACCCCAUUUCUCUCUCUCUUUUAUGAUACUUCGAUUACUUUUCAAAUUUGUGAGAACAAAAUGGUGAAAUUUUUUAGAACUGCAUGGAAUUAUUUAGCGUAGCCUCAAGAGGAACCCUACUGAAAUUUAAAUCACUUAUCUCCCUGUUUACAUUCAAAGUUAUGAAGGGGAUUAUUUAUAUAGGCAUAAGGUGGAUCCUUAUUUCGAUCAUCAAUUUGGAGUUGUUACCCCUGUAAGUUUACACCAUAUUUUGCAGAGUUAUCUUUCAAUUCACAUUUUGACUUCUGAAGUGUGUGAACAUGAUUCAGGACAUAAUUCUCUAUUGAAUUUUUGAGCUUACACUGACAACUUUGCUGCUGGUGGGCAUGCUAGGAGUAGGGAACCUGGCAACCCUCUUGCUAUGUUAUUAUUUUCAUUACAUUUAAGAGCAUAUUUCAUUAUAAAUCACUGUACAUACUUUUCAAAUAUAAUAUUCAAUAUAAUAAUCAAAUAUACGACUUUCUAUGUUGAGAAACAUAUGAUGUGAAUCCAUGUGGAACAAAUUUAUCUUUUCAUAAGUGUAUAUAUGGUAGUGUGAUUGUUGCUAAAGCCAAAGAUCUUUUCAUUUCACAUUUAUUAUAUUCAAUAUUGAUGUAACUUCAUUGACUAAUAUUGACAUAGUAAACUGCUUAUGUUAAGAUUGCUCCUUAUUUCAAACUGGCAAAACUUUUAAGUGCUUCAGGUAACUGCAUCCUUCGGAUAAAUUGCGCUCAAAUUAUACUAUUUAUAUCUUUUUAAGGCCUAGCAUAGAGUUUAAGACCAUGCAAAAUCAAAAGUACUUAUAAUUAAAAACAUCUUGGUCUAAAUAUUAUUCAAGUUCUUUCCGAGUUGCAAAAUUUUAAUUCACACUGAUUUCUAACCACCCCCAUUAUCUCUCUUAGCAUGAUUGACUACAUGUAUAUUUGUCUUUCUUUUUCGUACAGACUAGCCCAUUCUUAAUGAAUGUUGUUUUAGACCCAGAAACAGUCUUUACAUUUAAUAGUGCUUAUUUUUGACUCUAGAAAUAUAUGUGGAUAAGCUUUGCCAUUUUCUAUGGGCAUGGAUGUUUUGUAAAACUAAAGACCAAGGAUAGGUGGCCUCCUCUUUAAUUUUCAACUGAAAGAUGCUCCAUCAAAACUGUGAGAUAUAUCCUACCUAUUCUAAAGCUUUGGAUAUUGGGGAUGUCACCAAUGCAUGUGACGUGGAGUACAGUCAUCCCUGGUUAGCUAUAUGUGGGAUUUAUCAUGUAUUGGUAGACAAUAACCUCUUGUUUAUUUCUCUAGAUCAUUGUGAUACUAACACCUGUGUGAUAAUCAUAACUCAGGAUUUGAAUUUAUAUAAAAUAGUUUUACUGAUUAAUAUGGCCAGAAGUUGUAUAAAAAAGAUGUCGGGUACGUUACACUAGUAUCAUAUAGCAUAUUUAUCAUGUAGCAGAAUUAUAUCUAUAAUAU